UAGCCGGAGAGGACAAGGGCAGAAGCCACCAUGAGUGGGGGCCCUAUGGGAGGCAGGCCCGGGGGCCGAGGAGGAUCAGCAGUUCAACAGAACAUACCCUCCACCCUCCUCCAGGACCACGAGAACCAAAGACUCUUUGAGAUGCUCGGACGAAAAUGCUUGACGCUGGCCACUGCAGUUGUUCAGCUGUACCUGGCGCUGCCCCCUGGAGCUGAGCACUGGACCAAGGAGCACUGUGGGGCUGUGUGCUUCGUGAAGGACAAUCCCCAGAAGUCCUACUUCAUCCGCCUUUACAGCCUUCAGGCUGGCCGGCUGCUCUGGGAACAGGAGCUAUACUCACAGCUGGUCUAUUCCACUCCUACCCCCUUCUUCCACACCUUCACUGGAGAUGACUGCCAAGCGGGGCUCAACUUUGCAGACGAGGGUGAGGCCCAGGCCUUCCAGGCCCUGGUACAAGAGAAGAUACAAAAAAGGAAUCAGAGGCAAAGUGGAGACAGACACCAGCUACCCCCACCACCAGCACCCGCCAAUGAAGAGAGAAGAGGGGGCCUCCCACCCCUGCCCCCACACCCAGGUGGAGACCAAGGGGGCCCAUCAGCUGGCCCUCUGUCUCUGGGGCUGGUGACAGUGGACAUCCAGAACCCUGAUAUCACAAGUUCACGAUACCGUGGGCUCCCAGCACCUGGACCUGGCCCAGCUGAUAAGAAGCGCUCAGGAAGAAAGAAGAUCAGCAAGGCUGAUAUUGGUGCACCCAGUGGAUUCAAACAUGUCAGCCACGUGGGGUGGGACCCCCAGAAUGGAUUUGACGUGAACAACCUAGACCCGGAUCUGCGGAGCCUAUUCUCCAGGGCGGGAAUCAGUGAGGCCCAGCUCACAGAUGCUGAGACCUCCAAACUCAUCUAUGACUUCAUUGAGGACCAGGGUGGGCUGGAAGCUGUGCGGCAGGAGAUGAGGCGCCAGGAGCCACUUCCACCGCCCCCACCGCCAUCCCGAGGAGGAAACCAGCGCCCCCGGCCCCCUAAUGUGGGGGGUAACAAGGGUCGUUCUGGUCCACUGCCCCCUGUGCCUUUGGGGGGUGCCCCACCACCACCAAUGCCCCGGGGACCCCCACCCCCAGGCCGAGGGGGCCCUCCACCACCACCUCCUCCAGCCACUGGACGUUCUGGACCACCUCCCCCUCCACCCCCUGGAGCUGGGGGGCCGCCCAUACCACCACCACCGCCACCACCACCGCCACCACCCAGCUCCAGGGAUGGGCCAGUCCCACCCCUUCCCACUCCUAUUUCAGCACCUGGGGGGGGCCUGGCCCCUGGUGGGGGUCGGGGGGCACUUUUGGAUCAAAUCCGGCAGGGAAUUCAGCUGAACAAGACCCCUGGGGUCCCAGAGAGCUCAGCACUGCAGCCACCACCUCAGAGUUCAGAGGGGCUGGUGGGGGCCCUGAUGCACGUGAUGCAGAAGAGAAGCAGAGCCAUCCACUCCUCCGACGAAGGAGAGGACAAGGCCGGUGAUGAGGAUGAGGAUGAUGAAUGGGAUGACUGA